ACAUUCAAUCGAACCCGGAAGUAUUUCAACUUUCAGGAAGACAGGAUUGGGUGGAUUUGUUUCAUGUGUGUUUUGUAUCUCAGCUGCUGUCUGUGUUCUUUCAUGAUACUGGUUUAGACAUCAUGUUUUCUUCCACCGUUGAUCAAUUGAUAAAAACCCUAGGAAGAAACACACUACUUCCGGUGCCUAGUAUAGAAACGUCAGACAACAUUGGUCCGUUAUGUCUUGUGAUUACAGAGCCGACACGAUAUUGGCUUUUUUGGAAAAAAUACAAACACUACACGACCGAGUUUGCUUUAAAAGACAUUCUGGUAGGGGGCGGGGAGGAUUUGAAGGUUGAAGAAACUACGAGAAAGAUCACCACCUACAACCGAUCUACGAAACUGUCGCUGAAGGGGAAGUUUGGCGUCCAACUAUGUCGCGAGUUGUUAGAUGUCGAUCUGAAAGCAUCGGACUCUGUCAUAGUGAACAGUCAGUUAGGCGACUUGGAGAAAGUGGAAGUAGAUUUGCCUUCACUGCUAUCUGCUUUGAAAGAUAGAAAAAUUGAUUUGAAAUCAAGUCGGAUUGAGUCACUGGCAAAUCAAAGCAAUAAGAUCCUUGGUAUUGUUACUGGGGUGAUACGGUUGAUGAAUGACGCCAAGCUGGACUGCAAGACCGACUGGGACAUAUCUGCUGAGGCAGAUGGUAAACAUUUGUCCAACAUGGCUGGAGGUGAAGCCACAGGGGAGGCAGACGAUGACAAGUCACGCAGCAUCACGCUAGUCAAAGGAACGGCCUUGGCCUUCACGAUGCUUCACCUGCUCAUCAGCACUGAAGACGGAAGUUUCAAGGUCAUACUCAAUCAUGGAUCUACUAAAGGCGGCUUCACACCACAAAGGAUCACUGAACUCGAUGAUGUGGAUGGGCUUAGUUCAAGCUUUACUGUUCUGGGUGCCACUGAUUGUGAAACACAAAUGUUUAAAGGCCUUAUGGAUCUCGAUGAUACGAGAAAGGAAGAUUUCAGAAUCAUCAUAAAAAGAAUCAUGGAACUUCCAAAACUGGUUUUACCCAUCUCAGACCUGCUGCAAAGAGCGGAGACGUUCAUAGAUGCGGGAAUACGAAGAUCGACGAACCUGACGACACUCAACGAGAAGAUCGGUACAGAGGAUGACGAACUUAUGCCACUGCUCAACUUCACGGGCUUCCAUACCGAGACGAAUGGUGCUGUGGAAUAUCCUCUUGAGUGUUCAGACAUGUUUGAGGUCUGUCAGCUGCUGAUGUCCUUGUUAGAGGAGCUAGAAGAUGAUGAGAUACACGCACUGGCUGACUGUCUGGACAAUUCCAGCACGGCCAGACUGCUGCUACAAAUACUGAGGAAGACAGAGUGUAGCGGGGGUGAGAGUGUGGCGCUGUCGGCCGAGGAGCGAUCCAUCCUGUCCACGGACCCGGCCAAGAAACUGGUGGAGGCGUUGAAGAUGACGGUCGAUGACGACACCAUGACGUUCUCCCGCGACAACAUCGGCAUCAAGGCCUGUCGACUGAUACUGCACGCUUUUUACGGAACCAACUAGCGGGAGCAAACAUCAGUAUACAAAAGUACAAUAAGAAGAGAUAUUUGAGAGAACGUUCCAGUUUUUUGUGGUUGGGACAAUAUUUCAGAGCUGACUUUUGUAUGAUAUGAACAAAUAUUUGAGAAGAUAGGCCUGUCGAUUUAAUACUGCAUGCUUUCUAUGGGACGAAAUAGCGGGACCAAAGAUUGGUAUACAAAAGUACAAGAAAUAUUUGAGAGAAAGAUUCCAGGCUUUUUCGUUGGGACAAUAUUUCAGAUUUGUCGUUUGUGAGACUCAAUAGUAGUGUUGAAAAAAAACAAUAAACAAAGUCUAAGAUACUUGAAGAAAUAUUCGAGAAAAAAUGUCAAGUUAUUAUUAUAUUUUAACAGUUACAUGUAUAUCAGAACUGUUGUUUGGUACUACAUGCUUUUUAUGGAACCAAAUAGUGACACUGAAAAAAUCAGUAAAUAGUGUACGAAUAAAAAAACAAAUUUUGA